GAUCGCGACCCUAUGGAUGUGUUUGACCAUGCCGUGUCGAGGGGCAUGAUGACGCUCAAGGCUGCCACGGGCUGCUUGGUGGCCAAGGGGCAUCAGAUGGAGGCUGCUGCGGAGGCAAACUCCCCUACCGCAUCCUCGGACACGGCUCUCCGAGUUGUUCGGUGGCUUCGAUCAUCCGGCGCGGAAGGUGACCUUCAGUUCCUGGACAAGCCGGCCUUUGUUCGAGCACUGGUUCCGUUCUUGGUCGCUGAGGAGCUGGAGGGAGUGGCCUGGGAAUGGAUCAUACGCACCAUGAACGAGUCCGCAGGCAUCACCGAAGAGCAGCGCAUCGCUCGUGCGUCUUCUUUGUUAUCGCAGAUUGUCCGCAUCAAGAGCCAGUCUCACUACGGAAACCUGGAUGCGGCUAUUCAGGCAAUCCUUGAGGCAGAGCGGCUCUUUGAGCAUAAUCCUUCACUCCCCAAACUCCUCGUUCAGCCAUGGAGAUCUGUGUCUUGGCUAUCUACUGUAGAGGCAUACAGCAGGGCAAUGCCAACAGAAAAGCUGUUCGAAGCACAUAUGGCCACAGCCGAACGGCUCCCUCGGGCGUUCCCGGUAGAAACUGCGCAUCUGCAUUUGUAUCACCCAACACAUCCCGACCACGUUCCCGCCCUGCAGUUCUUCAAUGACAAGAAGAGAUUGCGCAAGUUGGUGCAGGCACUGGGCCCCGAGAAAUUGAACCUGGCCAAGUUCACGGGCAUGGGCACAAUACCGUGGAUCGCGUUUCUAGGUCACGAUACGGUCAACCAUCUGAAGCAAUCUGGGAGAAGCGAGGAAGCUCAAGGCAUCACAGAAAUCUUGCGGUCAGAAUUAUCAGAUAUAUUUGCAGAGACUUUGACGCCGACUUAAAAGUUGAAGGGACAGGGUCUAUUUGGACACAGGGAGACUUACUUGUAUUAUUAUUACCGUCAUGGAUAAGGCGCAAUUCACGGAGAACAAGCACAUGAGAUAUUU